AUGGCUUUCGGCCCUAACUCCGAGGAUAGGUUGCUGUCCGUGUACUUGGCUUCUAUCGCCCCUCUCUCCCUCGUUUCAGAUGAUAUUCGCAUCAGAUUUCCAAAUGGCUGGUCCCCUAACCCCUCCAAAAUUGCCGUAUCCCUUCACGGCCGCUUUUCAUUGGAUCAGGUUUUUGGCGUUCCCGGCUCCUUCUACUUUUUAUUUAUUUAUUUGGGGCUAGGCGGCAUUCGUCUCACAGCCAAAGCCUGUCCAGACCUCAGCUGCACAUGGGUUGUCUUCCCUUUACCUGUCUGGCUGAAAGUAUAUGCCUCUGAGAAGCGGCCUCGAUUGAUUUCCUUUUGCGAACAGAACAAGUUUAGCCGCACCUUUUGUGGUUAUGGAGAUGGAGAUGGAGAUAAGGGUGUUAAGUCUGUGUAA